AAUCAAAGGAGUCUGUCUACUUACUGGACAAUUGCCCUCAUGACUGGCUGUUUUCAAGAUGCAAGGCUGUGGCAAAACUUAACUGUUAUCAUGGCUGAAAUUAUUAUAAGCUAGAAUUGAAAUUCAUGGUUCAUCAUUGUGGUGCUGGGACAACUGCUGCUGGUCUUAAAGUUGGGUGUCCUACAACCAUAGUUUCUUUCUUUGGGGACCAGCCUCUCUGGGGAGAGCGGGUUCAUGCCAAAGGAUUAGGUCCUGCACCAAUCCCAGUUGAUGAGUUUUCACUUGAAAAGUUGGUUGAUGCAAUAUACUUCAUGCUAGAUCCCAAGGUAGGCAUGUAUUUCCUGUCAAGUCUGCUUCGUUAUAGAAGUUUACUGUAGUGCUUGGCCUUUGUCCCUGUUGUUCAUUGGGUAUACUAAGUCCAGGUUUGGUUGCUACGAUUUCUUGCUUUUUCAUGCUUAGUUGGAUUAACCUUUUGUAAGGAGAUUGCAAGUUCUUCUUAGAUUUUUCUUCUUCUAUAAUAUGAAUGGUAAAUUGCACUAAA